AAAGGAUCGUAUAGUUCAGGCAGCAGUUACUACAACACUUUCUCCUCGAGAAAUUGUAAAUACUCAGAUAGCUGGAAUUAGUGAUCAAGCAAAGAACUUCCAAAAUUGGUUAAUUUAGAAAAAACAGUUGGAAGGAAACGUUAUGCUGACGGACAACCUGUCCCCCGUUUUUUAUCAGAAAUUGACAUUCCUGAAAAUUUGAGAAGGACAAAAACUAAUAUCAGUGAAGAUUUUAUUUUGGUUGAUACUGGAGCAGAUGAUUCCAAUAGAAUAAUUAUUUUUGCUUCACCUACAGAUGUUGCGCGUCUUUCAACCUCCGAUGUUUGGCUUUGUGAUGGAACUUUUAAAAAUGAUCAAAAAUUAUUUUAUCAACUUUGGAUUAUUUCUGGCCAAUUUUAUCAACCAGUGGUUCUUCCCUUUGUUUAUAUUUUACUUCCUUCAAAAACAACAGAAUCUUACCUUAGAGCAUUGGAACUUUUAAUAGCAAAAAUUGAUGAAAUGAGUCCUGGUUAUAGGCCCCAUACUGUUAUUUUUGAUUUUGAAAAGGCUGAAGAACAAGCAUUGCAAACGGCUUUACCUUUCGCAACAAUUCAUGGAUGUUUCUUUCAAUUUAAGCAUUAUGGCGGAAAAUUCAAGAACUUGGUUGGGGAAAAGCAGAAAUAGAAGGACUUCAUAAUUAUUUGAAAAUGUUUGUUGCACUUACAUUUGUGGAUACAGCAAAUGUCCCCGCUUUUUUCAAUCAAUUGGCCCAGAGGUUCCUUGAAAUUUUUGGCAAUGGAGAUUCGGAAGGUCCACAUGUUGCUU